AUGGAAGUUAAUACAACUACCAUUGUACCUUCAGGGCCACCUAUAGUUUCUACAAAGAACCAUACUUUCAUACGCCAUUACCAUCACUUACAUUCAGGAAAAAAUUACCAUAGCCAUGCUGGCCAUUUUCCCUUCAAAACCAUUCUCAUAAUCGUCACAAUGGUGGCCUUAAUUAUGCUCUUAUUUACCAUUUUUAUGGUUGUGUGCUUGAUCCGUCGCCAAAAAUCUUCAAGCAAAAAUGAGAUUUACAAAGAGGAUUGUGAGAGUAGAGUGCUUCAUGACACAAGCAGCAGACACAUAGCUUCAACAAUCUUGUCCUUUGAUUCUAGCCCAGAUGUUAAAGGUGGGUGUCUUUAUGGGGGAAAUUUGAGCAGGACGCCAACCACACCUAAAUUUAAAGGAGUGCAAGUUUUCACGUAUAGGGAGCUAGAAGCUGCUACGGGUGGAUUCAAUGAAGCAAAUGUGAUUGGUAAUGGAGGAGUUAAUGGUUUGAUGUAUAAAGGAGUCUUAACUGAUGGAACUUUGGCAGCAAUUAAGUUGCUGCACAUUGAGGGUAAGCAAGCAGAGCGUGGCUUCAAAAUAGAGGUCGAUCUCCUAAGCCAAUUGCGUUCUCCUUAUUUGGUGGAGUUACUUGGCUAUUGUGCUGAUCAACACCACAGGUUAUUGAUUUUUGAAUACAUGCCAAAUGGUACACUCCAAAACCAUCUUCACUCAACCAAUGAUAAAACUCAACCAUUGGAUUGGUGGGCCCGGAUGAGGAUAGCCCUUGAUUGUGCUAGGGCCUUGGAGUUCUUGCAUGAAUAUGCUGUAUCACCCGUGAUCCACAGAGACUUCAAGACUUAUAAUGUUUUACUGGAUCAAAACUUUCGUGCAAAGGUGUCAGAUUUUGGAUUGGCUAAGAUGGGAUCAGAGAAGAGAAAUGGCCAGGUUUCUACCCGUGUGUUGGGGACCACAGGAUAUUUGGCACCAGAGUACGCCUCCACUGGUAAGCUUACUACAAAGUCGGAUGUUUACAGCUACGGGGUAGUUCUUCUCGAAUUGCUGACAGGACGUGUACCGGUUGAUAUUAAGCGGCCCACUGGAGAACAUGUUCUUGUCUCUUGGGCUCUUCCACGGUUGACAAACAGAGAAAAAGUUGUGGAAAUGGUUGACCCAGUUCUACACGGGCAGUACUCAAAGAAGGCUUUAGUCCAGGUAGCUGCCAUCGCAGCAAUGUGCAUACAACCAGAAGCUGAUUACAGGCCACUAAUGACAGAUGUGGUACAAUCAUUGAUACCACUUGUGAGGACACAGUCUCUUUCCAGUUCACUAAGAUUUCAGAAACAAAUACCAAUUUAUUAA